AUGCGUGUCCAACCGCUCGAUGAAAACUUGUUUCUUUUCCAGUUUCCGCACCAGAAGGAUCGGCAGCGUGUUCUUGAUGAUGGUCCCUGGUCUUACGAGAAUAACACGUUGAUCUGCGACGUGGUUCCACCGGGGACUAGGCCUGAGGAUGUGCCAUUGGAAGCGAUCUCGUUUUGGGUACGCAUCCACGGCUUACCGGCGAUAUAUGCAUCGACGGAUUUCAUCACUCGCGUCGGCAACUAUGUGGGAUCUUUUCUCGCUAUCGAUCCUAACAACUUUGGUGGAUCAUGGCGUAGCUACCAACGCAUCCGGGUACGGUUGGAUCUAUCCGUCCCUCUGAAGCGUCGGCUGAAGAUUUUUCGUAAAGAUGGAUCGACUCAGUGGAUCUCAUUCAAAUACGAAAGACUCGGAACCUUCUGUUUCUGCUGCGGGGUCUUGGGCCAUUCAGACAAAUUCUGCAAACGGGUCUACGAAGAAGGACUGGAGCCAGAGUCGUUUCCCUAUGGAGCAUGGAUGCGCGCGGAGUCUCGUCGCCAAGCAAAGCCAGUGGGCGCACGAUGGCUGCUAGCGGACCUUGCCCGGGAUACGGUGGUGUCGUCGGUACCCCCGCCACCAGUCCCCACAGUGAAUGUGACAGAAGAGGAGGAAAAGGGAGCGUUGCAUGGCGAUCUUAAACGUCGAAGGGAAGAUAAUGAAGAAUCAAAUGAUUUGGUCAUGGCUGAACAUGUCUCUACAACAUCUCCGGCGGGUCUGGCGGGCCAGAUCCGCCCAUCGCAAUGA